CUUUUUCAUGGUUGCAUGCAUCAAAAGACAUUUAUGGGAUUGCCAAUGUGUUCCUAUAUAAGAAACUGUGUUAUUGAAAUCUUUACUGUGGGACAUCGACAAGCCAUGGAAAGAACAACUUUUGCAGCGUUUAUUUUGGCCCUCAUGGGUUUUGUUUGCGGCGGAGGAUAUGAAUAUCCAAAGGGUGGGAAUAACUUUCCACACCCUGGUGGACAGUACCCUCCAAUUCCAGUACACCCAGGCCCAGUAUACCCGCCAACAGGACCCAACUAUCCACCAAAUUGCGAUAGGGUUUGUAUUCCGGAAUUUUGCAUGCCUCCAUUUGCAACUUGUCCGAAUUUUCCACAAGCGCGUUGUGUCGGAGUCUGUUGUGAGGCUCGAUUUUUCAUUGGAGGAGUCGAUGUUACCCCGUUCUGUAGGGGACCAACUAUCCCAGGAAGACCCCCUAAGAAGUAUUAGUCAUCAAUAAUGGAUCUUGUUUCAUGUAUGCACUUUGCUGUUGCUCAAUAAACAAGGUGUCAUUCUCAG